AUGUCGGUCCAUAUCAGCUCGUUCCACGACGCCACUUUAAUCGCCUUAGUAUGGCCUCAUGUCAUGAUGGACGCUUUAGGCGGCCAUGCGCUGCUCUCCGCCUGGUCAUCAGUCUUAGCGGGGCGUGAAGAUCAGGUUCCGAAGCUGGUCGGCGCGCGGAAAGACGCCCACCGGGAGGUGCUGGAAACCUCGGCGGACGAUCUCGGCGAAGAAUUCGAGCUGGAGAAGAGGCGGCUCAAAGGACGCGACCUGUUCAAGUUCUCCAUGCGAUUUCUGUGGGAGAUGACUACCAACUCCAACUACGAGCGCCGAGUCAUCUAUAUGCCCCGAGAUACGGUUCUCAAACUGAAGAAGACGGUUCAGAAGGAGAUCGCGGAGGGUGCGCACGGAUUCGGCGCGAAGCCUUUUGCGAGUGAAGGAGAUAUACUUACUGCGUGGGUCGCGCGAGCCCUGGCGGCAGCGCAGCCAAAGCCUCGACCGCUGGUCAUCUUCAGUUUCCUGAACACUCGUUUCAGGUUUCCGAGUCUGCUCAAAUGGGGAGGGGUCUUUGUGCAGAAUAUGGUUCUUGCAACAUACUCGUUCCUCACUGCCAGGCAGGCCCAGGGAUCCGUGGCGUCGAUUGCACUGUCCCACCGGCAACAAUUCACGGCGCAGUCGACCGAGAAGCAGACGAUACACUUCAUGAGAAGUGUUUUCAAAGACAUCGAUUCCGGCAAGAGUCCACGGCUUCUGUUCGGCGAAUCGGACUCUGUCGUGCUCUUGACCAACAACCUAUUCAAAGCCAAUCUGAUGCAAUCCGUGGACUUUUCGCCGGCCAUUAUCCGCCAAGGAGAGCCUUCAUCUGAGAGGACGAACCCCCCCCGGAACCAUGGUCUGGUACUAUAA